CAUCUUUACAAGGUGAGCGCUCCGUAGCCAUUUUGUUAGCUUGCUUGAGUUUAGCUCUGUGCAGCUGUUAUUACUUCGUGCUUAAUUAUCGUGUAGAAAUACGACUUUUUCGUGUUUUUUUGGGAACAACUUUUUCGACCGUGGACUCAUAAACAAAACGAAGACUUGUGUGUUCAGUGACAAUCUAUACGGAGAGGCCAUUCAUUUGUCAACUUCUCUUGAGCUUGUUAGCUCGUUAGCUAGCUAGCUGGCUAACUUGUUUACGCGUGGCUAGUCUUCAAGAAAACAUUUGCCUUUCAUGACCACGCGUUUUUCAAAGCUAAAGUGGAGUGCUUCACGUAGUUUACUCCGGCUUUCAUUGAGAUUGUAAUAACAUUUUAUCGGACUACUUCAGGAGGAGACCAGAAAAAGGAGCGACACUAAAGCGAGGAUCGAACUCGCGUGGUUCACUUCUAGCUGGAACCACGUUUCGCAGCUCUGGACACCAUGUCAGAGUUGUAUAUUCGGGUGGCCGAGGAUGAAAAUGAAGAGCCCAUGGAGAUCCCCUCGGAGGACGAUGGUACUGUUUUGCUGUCAUCGGUGGCUGCUCAGUUCCCAGGGGCGUGCGGGCUGCGGUACAGAAAUCCAGAGUCCCAAUGUAUGAGGGGAGUCCGACUCGUGGAAGGAGUUCUGCACGCGCCCGAAAACGAAUGGGGAAACUUAGUCUAUGUCGUCAAUUAUCCCAAAGAUAACAAAAGAAAGAUGGAGGAAAUAGAUGCGGCCUCCGCUGUAAAAGUUAAAAGAGGCUUUCAGAAAACAUCCGAUCUCAUCGUCCUCGGGUUGCCAUGGAAAACAUCAGAGCAAGACCUGAAGGAUUAUUUCAGUACUUUUGGGGAGGUCAUAAUGGUUCAGGUGAAGAGGGACGCAAAAACUGGCAACUCUAAAGGUUUUGGGUUUGUUCGGUUCGCUGACUAUGAGACACAAACAAAAGUCAUCACUCAGAGACACAUGAUUGAUGGGCGAUGGUGCGACUGCAAACUUCCCAACUCAAAGGUUUGUCCCGAUGAGCCAAUGCGCAGCCGCAAGAUUUUUGUCGGCCGCUGCACAGAAGACAUGACGCCUGAUGAGUUAAGACAGUACUUUAUGCAGUACGGUGAAGUCACCGACGUCUUCAUUCCCAAACCUUUCAGAGCGUUCGCUUUUGUCACGUUCGCUGAUGAUCAGGUCGCCCAGGCUUUGUGUGGAGAAGACUUGAUCAUCAAAGGCGUCAGCGUUCACAUCUCCAACGCUGAGCCCAAGCACAAUAAUAGUAGGCAAAUGAUGGAUCGAGGGCGGUUUGGGGUUGGCGGGUUUGGUCAGGGCUACGGCAGCAAUCGAGGGGGGAUGAGCAGCGGCAGUGGAGGAGUUAACUUUGGGGCCCUGGGUCUUAACCCAGCAAUGGUGGCAGCUGCUCAGGCAGCUCUUCAAAGCAGCUGGGGAAUGAUGGGCAUGCUAGCUAACCAGCAGGGUCUGACAACAACGUCAGGGACAGCCACUACAACCCGAGAUCAGACUUACAGCUCUGCCAGCACGAGUUACAGCAGCCCCAGCUCAGCUAGCCUGGGCUGGCCUGCAGGCAAUAACAACGCCUCCAGCAGUGGCUUCAGCUCUGGGUUUGGCACAUCAAUGGAGUCAAAGUCCUCUAGUUGGGGAAUGUAGAAGGCCUCACGUUGACCUUUUAUGUUGCUGUUAGCCUAAUAUGGUAAGUAUACCUUCAGGGGAGAACAAUAUCUUAUUUAAAAAACAAAUCAUACACUGCCUUUAAUUUUAUUAAACAGAAAAUGUAUACUUAAGACUGUCUGGCUAGUCACGCAUUGAAUGAGCGAAUUGCUUAGUUUAAGUGAAUCUCCCCAAAGUUGUUUUGUUGGUGACGUUAUUUUUACACCAAAAUGAUUGCGCAUGGACCAUAGCGAUUUACAAGCAUGCAUGAGUACCUCAACCCCCCAUCAGAGCCUGUUGUGAACCGGCCUUGAUAUAAACAUGAAUGUUUGAGCAUUUGAUUCUUUUUCCUUUGAUCUUUUUUUUUUUGGAAAACUCUUCAUGGAAGUCUCUUCUGCAGUUCACCAACUUUUUCGCAAUUUCCCGGGAGGCAUCGCGUCUUUGGCGACGCAGAUGUUCGGCAGGUCUCAGUAUCAGUCCCCCUCCUCCCAUGUGUAAAUGCUUUGUCAUCCAAGAACACAACGUCACCCUGCGUAAACUGUGUUAGACGGUGGGUGUGUUUUUUUGCUGUUUUUUCCCCUUUGGUUAAAGAGAUGUUGUCAGACUUCUGUAGCUCAGUGAGUGGGAUUGGUGAUGGACUGAGUGAGCGUGAGGAAACGGGAGAAGAAGCUGAACGAAAGCACGUGUGAGAAGAGCGCUUUGUGCACUUUUUUAUUUUUUGAAAGCAACAGAUGCCUGCAAGAAUUGAAGAUCCUGUGGCUUGAUGCGAGUGUGAGAGGAAGAAUCAAGUGCGAGUGUGUUCCCAGUGACCGUCACAAGGACAUUUCUUGCAUUGAAGAUCCUAAGCUCUCCAUCUUCUACUAUCAUUUCCAUAAUUCUCUUUAAAGUCACAGUGAAAUGUCAAGUACUCUAAAUAUUUGUAUCCUUUUGUAGAGCUCCUCCUGCUGUUUGCUGUGAAUGUGUCUGGUUGUGUGCUCUUUCUCCUUGUUACCACCCUCUCAGUGUGAAGACGUGACUUUGUGUUAUUGACGUUUGCGAGGCAGAAACACCGCUGGUGAGCUGAGAGGUCAUGUGAUGAAUGUUUGACAAGCUCCCAUUGAAAGUUUGUGUUUGAAGUGGUUAUGAAUGCUUUUCUAUGUUUUGUGAAUUAAAGGGAAGUCUGAAAUAAAAAUUGAGUUUGACUAGG